AUGAAAUUUUUAAAAAUUUUCAUUUUUUUGUUUUUUAUUUUUUUAUCAUGUUUUUUUAAUCAUCUUGUAAAAGGAGAAUUAUUGGGUGAAAUUGAAAUCACCGAAAAAAGUAUUACAAUUGAUGCCAGUGUUGUUGAUACCAAAAUUAAUUAUUUAAUUGAUGAUACUAUUUCAAAACCAAAAUUAAUAGUUACAUCAGUGUCAGGUGAUGCUACAGAUAUUAAUGAUAUUUUAAGGGUUAGUGACGAUAAAAAGUCUAUAACUUUUGGUGACUAUAAUACAGUUAGUGGUGCAACAACAACAACAACAACAACAAUAAAUUUCAAUUCAUUAAUAACAAUAAUAAUUUCAAGUAUUAUAUCAUAUUCAUUUAGUGGUUUAUUUUUUAAAAAUGGUAAAAGUGGAUCAAACAAUUUUUUUGUAUUUUUAAUAAUAAUAUUAUUAUCAAGUUUUGGAAUUUUCAAUGUAGCCCAUUCAGUUAAUUUAUCAGAGUUAUCAAUUAUUAUUGAUAUUAAAGUACCAUCAACUUUUAAAUUUAAUUCAUUGGUUUUAACGUUGGGUAGUGGUUCAUCAAAUAUUAAUGGUAUUAAUGCAGAUUCAUUAAUAGUUGAUAGUUGUACAAAUGCAAAAGAUCAUUUGGUAGAAUUAAAUCAAAUUUCAAUCGGUUCUUUGUUAAAUAUUUGUUCAACAAAAGAAAUUAAUAUAAAGAAAUUACAAUUUUCAACUUUAGAUGUUAAUAUAAAUCUAACAAGUAGUUCAGAUAUUAAUUUAGAUUUCUAUAAUGGUUAUGGUGGUUCCAUUUUAAUUAAUGGAGAGUGUCAAGCUUCAAGUGGUUCAUGUGCUGAUGGUGGUCCAAUCUUAUCAAUCAAUACUAAAACUGGUAAAACUACCAUUACAAAUCAAGAAGUUUCUUGUCCAAUCGACAAAAGUUGGAGAGUUAGUCCUGCUGUUGAUGUUGUACCAGUUUCACCUGCAAUCAUCACUAAUCAACCAUCAACCGAUUUUAGAUUCAAUAAAGAUGAUAUUGUUUACAUGGGUCAAUAUGGUUAUUCAGAUCAAAGUAUUACAAAUGGACCAGUUGAAAAUUCUUUUGUAGUCUCUUAUCCAACAUAUAUACUACCAUCCAAUUUUUUGGUUAGUAAAAUUUCACCACCCUCUUUAAAAGCAAAUGUAGCUCAUAGUUUUAGUUUAUCAGUGAAACUGGGUCAACCAUUGAAUGCCUAUAAUAAUAUUAAAAAUAUGACCAUCUAUUUCUUUAAUCCAAGAGAUAUCACUGAUCCAAGGGGUUCCUCUCAAUAUUUUGACUUUAAAGAUACCAUCGUUCCAUUGUAUUACAAAACUUUUCAAGGUGAUUUUUCAUCAAACACUCAAUUUAUUUCAACUGUUUUAGAUUUCACACCACCUGUAGAUAUUGGUACUUCCAUUUUUGCACUUAGAAUUCAAAAAGCAUCCUUUACUGGAUCAGAUGUUACAACUGUAAUCAUCAAGGAUAUGAUGAUAACUGUCUUGGGUAAAACAAUAGCCACACCAUCAAAUCUUUUACUAAAAGAUUCUGAAUUGGUUUCACUUCCAAGACCACCAUUACAAUUAGACCCACAAGAUCAAUCUACUUGUUCCUAUAAAUCAAAUGAUUUGGUUCAUUGGCAUAAUCCAUCCACUUGGUCAAAUGGUGUAGUACCACCACCAUCAUCCAACAUUGUUCUUCCAGAAGGAAAAAGAGUUUUAAUUUCACCAUGUUCAAUUUCACAAACUGAAAUCUAUCAAAAAAUUACAAUUCCAGAGACCAGUGAAUUGGUUUUUGCAGAUGCUUCAAUGGAAAUGCAUGUCAAAGAUAUUUAUGUUUUGGGUAAAUUUACAAUGGGUACCACCAAAUGUAGAUAUAAUGCCAAGAUUAAUAUUGUAUUUCAUGGUGAAAAGACUUUACAAGAUACUAUUGCACCAUUUUAUGGUUCCAAAGGUAUUGGUGUAGCAGCUGGUGGUUUUAUUUCCAUACAUGGUAAGCAAUAUCAUAAUACUUGGACUAAAUUAGCAGUAUCAGCAUGGAGUGGUGAUAGAGUUGUUUAUGUUCAAGAUAGUGUAAAUUGGGAAGUUGGUCAACAAGUUGUUGUAGUUACAAGUACAUUUUUAGAUGAAUAUGAUAAUCAAAAUGAAGUUAUGACCAUUGAAGCAAUUCAAGGAAAAACUAUUCAAUUCACAAAACCAUUAAGAUCAUUCCAUUAUGGAGGUCAAGAAUAUCAAUCAGAAAUUGGACUUUUAUCAAGAAGAAUUGUAUUUCAAGGUGAUUCUUUAUCAUCUGAUUCAAAUUCAUUUGGUGGCCAUGUUAUGGUAAUGGGUGAAGGUCAAUUCUCUGGUUUACAAUUAAUUAGAAUGGGUCAAACUAAUAUUAAAGCUCGUUAUCCACUUCAUUAUCAUCUUGGUAAAGUUUUAAAAAAUUCAUACAUUUCAGAUUGUUCAGUAGUUUCAAGUUAUUAUCGUUGUUAUACUAUUCAUGGUACUAAUAAUGUAACAUUAACAAGAAAUGUUGCAUUUGAUGUUCGUGGUCAUUGUUAUUAUUUAGAAGAUGGUGUUGAAAUGGAUAAUACAUUAUCAUUUAAUCUUGCAGCAUAUGUUCAUCCAAUAGGUAGACCCGCUGGAGGUCCAUCUCAAAUUGGUGAAAUUUUUGUUGAAUCUGAUAGUUUAAGACAACCAGCAGAUUGCAGUGCUAGCGGGUUUUAUAUUACAAAUGCAUGGAAUACUAUUAUUGGUAAUUCUGCAUCGGGUGGUUGGGCAGGUUAUGCAUUCCCAAAUUUGGAAAAACCAAUUGGUAAUCAUAGAUCAGUUCAAAUGAUUCCAAAAGCAUAUCCUACCAAAGUAUUUGAAGGCAAUACUGGACAUAGUUCGGGUUAUUUCUUUGUUUCUGGUUCAACUAUUUAUGUUGGUGCCAAUUUAACCUAUAAUCCAGUUGAUAAUCUCCUAUAUUAUGAUAGUGGUAGAUUUGAAAGAUUUACCUAUACCAAUGGUACUGUUAUAUCUGGUAAUGAAGUUCCAAUGAGAUUUAAUAAUACUAAAAUAUGGUUAUCACAUUACGGAAUAGGUCACUGGGGUGUCUUUGUUGAGGUUGUUUCAUACGAAAGUCAUGAUAAUGUUCGUUCUGCAAUGUUAUUUGGUGAAGCUUGGUUAUCUAAUGCAAUUGUAAAUGGUAAUUCAAAUAAUAUAGCAAGAUCAAUUAAUAUCACUAAACAGGGUUUCCAAUAUUAUGAUACUUAUGUUAAAACAAUUCUUACAAGAAUUAAUUUUAGAAAUUAUUUUAAAUAUUCAAAUAGUCCAAAUGAUUGCAAAUGUAAUAAUGAUGAGGCUGAUAAUCGUCUUAUCAUUUCUAUGACACAUGGUGAUGUUUUUAAACCACAAGGUAUUUCUGCAAGUAAAUCAAUUACUAUUACCAAUGUUGCAAAAUCUCAAUAUAUUGGCCAUAAUGUUUUAAAUACUUCAGGUAGUAGAUAUUUUAAUUUUAUUGAUUGGGAUUCAUCUAUAACUGGAAAGAAACCAGGUCAACCUGCUUUAGUUGGUUCCAAUGAAUUAUGGUGGAAAUUUGAUAAUACUUGUGAAUAUAAUCAGGAUUGGACUUGUUUUGUUUGUGAAAAAGGUGAUAAAGAAAUUGCAAAUAUUCAAUUUUAUGUUCCAGGUUUAAUUGAUGAAGGUGUUUUAGUUUAUGAUGAUUUUGAUAAAUUAAAUGUUGGUAGUAUUGCAUUAUUUGGAAGUGGUAUUAAUGAUAAUAGAAGUACAGUUGUUACUCGUAAUCCAGGUGUUACAGGUGUUAGUAAUAUGGGUUGGUACCUUUAUUUAAAAGCAGGUAGUCCAAAAUAUAUGAAAAUUUGGUUAGGUCAAGUUGUAUUUGGUCAACAUAUAUUCCUUUCAAUCCCUUAUCCAACUUUAACAACAUUUGAAAUUAAAAGUUAUUAUGGAUGGAAUAAUGGUAUUAAUUAUAAUCACACCUUUUCAUUAGCAAAUAGUGCAGCAGAUGUUAGAGCAGGUAAUGGUACAAAAUAUUAUUUUGAUGGCGAUACAUUAUACAUUAAAUUAAUUAAUCUUGUAUUGGGAGGUUAUCCAUGGGAAUAUUAUGAAAGAGAUGGUGUAAAACUUUACAUGAUUCAUACUCAAUUCUUUAUCACCAUUAAUGCAUACAAUACUGUUAAACAACCAAAUCAAGGUGGUUUUUACGAAAAUUUACCAUAUAAAUUACCAUCAAGUACAUUAUAA